AGCCAGCCAGUUUAGUGGGAGGCUCGCCUCUGUUCGCGCCAGUUUAGCUGCGAGGCGUCAUGGAGUUAGGAGUGUUCGCUGGCGGGCGGAGGUCGCGGGCUCAUGGGAAGGCCUGGGAAAGAAUCGGGGCGGGGGCUAAAUCCGGGAGGACAGGUGUUGCGGCCUCCCGCUAUAUCAGCGGCGGCAGUUCCAGCCCGAGCGGGAGCUAAAUGUGGGGCAGGGCGUCGUGAGCGAUCUCUGGUCACCAGUCUGACGAACGUGGUCUCGCUGCCCGGUCCAGCUGGAAGUGACGUUCGACCUCAGACGCGCGACGAACCCGAUGCGUGCACCUCGCCCGUCGAUUCCUAAGGCCGGGCCGGUCACGGGUGACGACGACUGCCAACGACAGUUUAGAGCCGGACUGCGGCGCCGGAUCGCCGGAUCGACGGAUCGAUUCCUUCCCCGUUCGGUCGAUUCGCAACGGCAUCCGAUCGUACCGCACUUCGAACCGGCCAGUCCGCGACCGACUGCCAUCUUUGUUUCCCGGACGGACAGACGGCCGGAGUAACUUCUGGACAGAGGUCUGUCGAAUGAGAGAGGACGGACGGGGACGGGGACGGAGAGGAGGGGAACCGAGCGAGCGGGCCUCGGGGGCAGCGACGACCCGGCACCCGGUGCGUGAAGCCGUUCGCCUAUCAUCGCCCGUACCGGCUAUAGAGAGCAGCAGCAUGGACGCUCGCAGCGCGGACUAUAAAGGCCAAGUUGCGCCGGGGAGAAGAGUGAGAUCUCGAAGCCACUUGUCUUCUGCCCACCUCACUCUUGCCCUCUUCCUCUGCCUCUGCUUCCAUCUUCCAUCGGGGCUUCGAAAUCUCUCUCUUCUGACCCUCCGCAUUCUUCCACUUUCUGGGUUGAAUUUCCCCCCCUCUGUGAUAAGCGAGCGAACUUGCAUUCUUCGGCCGAUUCGGGCGUCGUGUGGGUGUUGUGUGAGCCUUGUUGUGAGAAGUGAAGCUGUGUUUCAGUGCGGAUUUGUGUUCGUGCGAGUUCGGGAGGAACAUGGCCUCGAACGGUAUGACAGUCUUGGCAGCCGUCGUCAUCGUCAGCAUGGUUUUGGCCUCGAGCAUGGGCGCGGAAGCACAAUCUGCUCCCGCCCCUGCUCCCGGUCCUGCGGAAUCCGGUGUGGCCGGCGGUCUUUUGCCCUCUUUCAUCGCCAGUACUCUCGUCGGUGUGAUUGCCUUCGUUGCCGGCGGCAGAAAUCUUUGGUGAAUUCACCAAGUGCAAGCCGCACGAUCGGAUCUUGGCGCAACUCCGAGCGUCGACGGUGAAUUCUCCAAGAAAAGUUGGCCGCCGACAGGUCGGCCGUGUGGCUGCAGCGCGUUUCUUGCCAGGCAUGUGUAUCUUGUGUGCAAGCCUUGAAAAAGAAGAAAAACGCUCCAACGUGAGUCGCAGGUCGUGGUUGGAGCGACGCAAAAACAUUUAGGAACCUGGAGUGAGGUGACGGAGAAUAACAGUUCGCUAUGAACUGUCUCGUAGUCAUUCAUUCUUCUAGAGGGGGUGAAUUGGAGCGCGCUACAGGGCAGCUUGGAAUCGAGGCGCACGAAGCAGCUCCAUAUGGGUCCCUUCAGACCCAAUCUUACGAGUAGUGUAGUCUCAUGUAUUGAUAGACAGGUAGGAUUUGUUAGUUUUUUUUCUACAUUUUGUUACCUAUGGACGGUCAUGAUUCAUGAAGCUCUAUAUUGUGCCAUCAUUUAGUAAUCAUAAAGGAUUCCGCGUCGCAUCAGGGACGCAUUUUCGGCCAACACGUCCUCCCGUGCAAUGGGGCCAGACUUGUCGCUCCUCUCGCCGUGUAUCGUUUACAGUCUGUGUGAAAAUGUUUCCCCUGUGUCUACGAGUUCAGAUGAUGAGGAUCUUCAGGUGACUCUGUUAACAAGCUGCUGCUCCCAGUCUACAUUCAGGACUGUUUCUAGAUUGACGGGCGUGCGCACGGUUGUUGGCCGCAGGAUUUCACGUGUUCUUCCUGUCCCUCACACGGUAAAGUGCGUGCAAUACAGAAUACUAAACAUGCUCGGGCUACCGUUUUUGGAAUUAUACUGCCGCCCCGACUGGUAGGUUGAAUUCGAGCAUAAUUCUUACGCCCCGUGGAGGGGAAGUUCAGUGAGUCUGCGGAAUAGGUGACAGUUCGGAUGGCUUCCAUUCGAGCAAUCCAGCAUAGAGUUGGAGCAAGUUGUAUUGUCGUGCCCCAUAUUCCACUAAAGGACUGUGAGCUCUUGUUCUACUGUCUCCUGUCUCAGUUCGCAGUGAGC